AUGCCGCCGCACCGCACGCCGCGCGCGCCCGCCGACUACGUCCCCGCGCACCUGCGGCGCUUUGUCUUCCACUCGCAAGACGACUUCUACGUCUCGCGCCACUUCGACCCCGUGCUCCUGAGCCACCUCAUGUACGCAGGUUUCCUGCCCAUCGCCUCGGACGUCCACGAGACGUGCUAUCUCCUGCCCAAGCUCCACCAACAGCGCUGUGUGCUGUGUUUCCAGCCACAGACGCCACAGCACGUGCCCAAGAGCGUGUUGAAGCGCGCCAAGCGGUACACAUUCGUACUUAACCGAGACUUCCACGCCGUAGUGGCCGGGUGCCACGAGCAGCACGGGGUCCCGUGGCUCUAUCCGCCUCUGGUCGAGAGCUUUGAGGCGCUGUUUAAGGCGCGAGAGACCGGUGUGGCGCUCGGUUCGGGCCCACGUGUCCAGCUGUGCACUGUCGAGCUCUAUGAAGUGGCUACGGACACGCUCGUGGCUGGUGAGCUUGGGUACACGGUGGGCCGUGUCUACACGAGCUUGACAGGCUUUAGUCGAGCCAGUGGGGCAGGCACUGUGCAGCUGCAUGCCCUGAGCAGGUUUCUGUACUUGGCUGGGUUCAAGAUGUGGGAUCUCGGCAUGUCGAUGGACUACAAGAUGAGUUUGGGAGCGACGAACGUGGAGCGCGAUGCCUUUCUGGAUGGGCUGUACAAGUGGCGGGACCAGCAAGUGCAGCUGACAUUGGGCAGUGAGAGCAGCGAGGAGAGCGACGUGCGGGUGGGUGUGGCAGUGAAGACGCUGUUCGACAUGUCGCGACCUCAGCGGGCAGAGAUGGGGGACGAGCAAAGCGAGAAAAGAGUGCGGGAAGUGCAGGAUGAGAACGUGGUGGAGACAGUAGCGAGUGGAGACAAGGAGAAGGAUGGUGGAAAAGCAGGUGGAGGCGAGGAGGCGAAGGACGACGCAAGGCACGCGAAACGGGGAGCCCACAGUGAGAAACGAAAAGCAGCGUCGGGUGACGAGCAGCGGGACGAAGCGAAGAGAGGCAGGGCGAAAGCCGACUUCCGGUCAAUGUUGAGACCCGACGUGGAUUAA